GUUGAAAAGAACCAGGUUCGUAAGCAGAAAUACAAAUCUCGUCAGGAGAUCAUUUACAGACUGAGUAAGCACACAAUAAUAAAAAGUUGUUUCGUCGACAUGGGUGAUGUUAAUGCGAUUGACACCUCUGAGCUGAAUAGGGAGGUCGGCACGGUGCUGAAAACGCCGUACCAUCUCACCGAAACGGAUCGUCACCUGCCCCCAGAAUUCGCCAAGAUCUGUUUCGACCUCAAGGUGCAAAAGUACACCGUCAUCCUCGUCAAAUUCCACGAGGUGAUCGCCAACUACGAGGCUUGCAUUAUCCAAGCCGCCACGAAAACCGGAGGCAUUGGUUUCGUCUACAAGGGAAAGUAUGAAAACCUGCUCGAAGGAUUACAAGAUCGUCCCAAAGACCUAAAAAUGGACGUGGUUGAAGGUUACGACGAGCUGGCCACCUUCUGCCAGGCGGUCAUGGUCGGGUGGCGUCUUUGGCCCGAUUAUUGGGUCGGAUUGCAGAAAAUUGUCGACUAUUUGGCGAAUGACGUCCUGGUUGAAGACGUGAAACGGAUGGAACGCCCAUUCGUGUUGAUUUUGAAGGAAAUCGCGCUUCACGAGAUGUGGCCGACCGAUCCCGUCCUCGGCGCCGGGAUAGCGUCUCAAGCUAAGAAAAUCGUUUUUCGGUACAAAUCCACCUCUCCCGAAGUUACGACGCUUCUUCACGUCAAAACCAUGCUGACCGUUUGGUCUGCCGGCGUCACUCCGAAGGGGGAUCAUGUCGGGAAGAGGAUUUGCGACGGGGUCGGCUGUCUGGAAGUGGAGGGGAAAACGGUGACGUUUCCCCACUGCGUGAAAUGUAAGGUGGAGGUCUAUCAUUCUAAAAGGUGUCAAAAGAAGGCGUGGCAAGCGGGACAUAAAAAGGAGUGUAAUCCUCCGGGGUAAAAUAAGAUUGGUAAAAUGGUUAAAUAAAUAAAUUGGAUUUCAGUUUUAUUUACAUUAUGUACGUUUAGAAUGUGUGAAUAAAUACAUCCUA